AGACACGCGGAAAUCCGACACGACGCUGAUAAUCGGAACGGAUUUCGCUUACGAUCGAUUUCGGCGAUUUCUCGUACCUACCUCGCCAGUGGAGUGCGAAUGCCAAUACGAAUACGAUACAUAUACAUUAUACAUAUAUAAGUAAUAAUAACCAAAUCGGACUCACCGAGCACAAGCGGAUAACACAGCGAAUAAGACCGUCGCGAAAACAUGACGUUCCCGGCCUGGCCGAUCUGCAGUCGUCGCCAUUUUUGUCUCCUAUUGAUAUCGGCUUGCUAUUAUUAUGGCGUCAUUACAGCCAUUACAGUGGUCGAUCACGUGUCCAAGGAUCGAUACGCAGCCGGAGCUGGCGACAAUAAGGACACUGUUGACGACACGCGCUUGCAAGAGAAAGUGGAAGACGAGGACGCGGAAAACAAGCAUUUCAUGGACGUUUAUUCGUUGCAAAGCGGACCUCAACAGUUGGAGUUUGGGCAUGUGUUCGAGGAUCCAAACGUAUGGGAACAGAGGUACGAGAAAAAGGAUUUUGACGCCCAACGGUACCAAGGAAAAGUGAAAUGGGGUGACAAAGACGGCAGUUAUGGUGAACAAUAUUGGGAUUUAAACCACGGCGGUGCUGGAUCAAACGAAAACGAAAAAAAUGAACAAUACGACGAACCUACUCCGAUCGAAUACGGACAGGAGAGCCGUCAGAGACCCGUGGUUUAUAAGCCAAUGAUGAUUACACUCCUUAAGAAUAAUCCCAAGAAACCCGUUAAAAGUGUACGGAACUAUCCGAAGCGAUUAAUAGAACCACCAGCAGCACCAACGACAAUAGGAAGUUCCACUAAAAAAACAGCUCCUGUUUUGGUUUUUGACAUGAAGACUGGAGUGGUCAUGGACGAAGCUACAGGGAAUAAAUUCAUUUUGAAACCAAUAAAAGAUUAAAAAUGUAUCUACAAUAUUUUUUAAUUGUUAAUACGUUUUAUAUUAAAAACCUGAAGUAUUCAAGUAUCUAGAUGGGUUAUUAAAUUAUAAUACUAUAGGAAACGUCAUUUGUUUGGUGUUAAAAUUGUGUUAUACUUUUUAUUUAUAAUUAUUAUAAUACGAGUAUAUAAU